AUGUUUUUUCAUCUUGCUGAAGACGAGAGUGGUUUUUUUGCGGAUUCUGUCAGCAAUUCAAAGACAGUUUUACGAGCAGCUCUUUCAUGCUCUACUGCUUCUCCAAGAAUAAAUUAUAAUUCAACUAAUCAACAACAAGAAUUAUUAAACGAAUCUCCCCCUCCUUCUGCCCGUAGCAGAACUUCUCGUAAAAGUGAUGCUUCCCUUCUUGGAGUUGUUUUAAUUAAUCGACAAAAAGCUUCGGUUGCAUCUUGGGGUAGUCCAGCAACUGCUGGGCAAGAAAUGAGGGCUCAAAGAGAGGCUGAUAGUUUAGAUAAUAGAGGAUUAGGUAAUUUAUUUAUUUUGAAGUUUCGGAAAAGAGGUUUUGGAAUUUGUUUAGACUAG